GCUAUCUACCAAAAAGCGGAAACUUACUAUUACAUUACGGAAUUUGAAAAGGCCCUUAUGUUUUAUCACAGAGGCAAGGAACUACGCCCUCAGUUUAAGCCAUUUGAACUUGGCAUUCAAAAAUCCGAAGAAGCAAUCAAUAACAUCGUCGGAGAGUUGCUGGAGAGGAAGACCAAGAACUCUGCUGAGGUUGUUGCCCUCGCCGGUGACGCAGUCAGGUACCUGAAGGUGCGCUCGAACUUCUGGCGUCAACAAGAACCUAUGUAUGUCCGCAUGCAGCGGACCACCGAUAUCAAUCCCCUGAAGUUGAAAAGGGCUUGCGAGCGCCGGGGCAUGCAGGCUAUACAACAGAUUGUUCAGACGCUAGAAGAUGUCACCGAAAGUUAG